UGUGAAGACUGUGGGAAAUGCUUCAGCAGUAAAUAUAUUUUACAGAGUCAUAAAAGAACACAUACUAGAGAAAGACCAUUUGAAUGCAAAGAGUGUGGGAAAUGUUUUAAAAGGAAAGAAUAUUUGUCACAACAUAAAAGAACACAUACUGGAGAAAAUUUAUUUGAAUGCGAAGUCUGUGGGAAAUGCUUCAGCCGUAAAUGUACUUUACAGACACAUAAAAGAACACAUACUGGAGAAAAACAAGUGGAAUGCAAAGUGUGUGGGAAAUGGUUUAAAUGGACAGGAUAUUUGUCACAACAUAAAAGAACACAUACUGGAGAAAAACCAUUUCAAUGCAAAGUGUGUGGGAAAUGUUUUAAACAGAAAGGACAUUUGUCACAACAUAAAAGAACACAUACUGGAGAAAAACCAUAUGAAUGUGAAGACUGUGGGAAAUACUUCGGCCGUAAAUAUAUUUUACAGAUUCAUAAAAAAACACAUACUGGAGAGAAACCAUUUGAAUGCAAAGAAUGUGGAAAAUAUUUCAGAAUGAAAGGAAAUUUGAGGAAACAUAUCAGAGUCCAUUUGGUUGCCAAAGAAAGGCCAGUGUCUACAGGAAACAACAUGGGUCGCCCCAAGAUAAUGAGUUGUUGGAUUUGCCAGGAAGAACUUCCAACCUAUGGCCUACUCCUUGUACAUUAUGGCAAUCACAUGAAGUAG